GGACACUAGAAAAAAUAACAACAUCUGAAUUUACGUGGAAAUCUGAUAUUCUGCAAUGAAUGGGUCGUCAGCGGUGGGGCAGGCUAAUGGGACCAAAGAUGGUGAUAGAAUAGUCAUCCUUGAUGCAGGUGCCCAGUAUGGAAAGGUCAUUGAUAGACGUGUCCGAGAACUAAAUGUAGAGACAGAUAUCCUGCCACUUGACACUCCAGCAUUUACCAUCAAGGAACGCAAAUACAGAGGUAUCAUCAUAUCUGGAGGCCCCAACUCUGUAUAUGCUGAGGACGCACCGCGCUAUGAUCCAGAUAUAUUUCGUUGUGGAUUACCAGUGCUGGGAAUAUGCUAUGGCAUGCAGAUGUUGAACAAGGAGUUCAAUGGCAGUGUCGUUCAAAAAGAAGCUCGUGAGGAUGGUCAGUUUAACAUCACUGUGGAAACGAAGUCGCCCCUAUUCAAAGGACUAAGUAAAGAACAGACGGUACUGCUGACACAUGGAGAUAGUGUAGAUAAGGUCGCUGAUGGGUUCAAGGUCGUGGCAAAGUCUGGCAGUCUGGUGGCAGGUAUAGCUAAUGAUAAACAGAAGUUAUAUGGAGUACAGUUCCAUCCAGAAGUAGAUCUAACAGAGCAUGGAGUGACCAUGUUUGAAAACUUCCUCUUCACAAUAGUUAAAUGUGAGGCAAGCUACACUAUGGCCAGUCGUGAGAAUGCUUGUAUCGCCUACAUCAGGGAUACCGUCAAAGACCAUAAAGUCCUGAUGUUACUAAGUGGUGGAGUGGAUUCCACGGUGUGUGCAGCACUACUACACAAAGCACUGAAGGAAGAACAGGUUAUAGCUGUACAUAUAGACAAUGGCUUCAUGAGGAAGAAUGAGAGUUCUUCAGUAGAACAGUCACUUACUCGCAUGGGACUCAGUGUCAAAGUGAUCCGAGCAGCGCACACUUUUUACAAUGGAUCCACAUCGGUUCACAUCGAUAAGACUGACCCAAACUCUAGAAAGAGGAAAACGGACACCCUUAAUACUACAAUCCACCCAGAGGAUAAACGUAAAAUCAUCGGGGACACCUUUAUGCGGGUAGCCAAUGAUGUGAUAGAAGAACUAAAUCUCAAACCGGAGGAUGUAUAUUUAGGUCAAGGAACGCUAAGGCCAGACCUUAUAGAGAGUGCAUCUGAGUUAGCCAGUGGGAAAGCAGAUGCUAUAAAAACGCAUCACAAUGACACAGAGCUGGUGCGUGAGCUGCGUCGACAGGGACGUGUUGUAGAACCCCUUAAAGACUUUCACAAGGAUGAGGUGCGACAGAUAGGUCGUGACCUUGGUUUACCUUCAGAACUAGUCAACAGGCACCCAUUCCCUGGCCCUGGUCUCGCUAUACGUGUGAUAUGUGCUGAGGAACCCUAUAUGUGUAAAGACUUUGCUGAGACGAAUGUCAAAUUGAGAUUUAUUGCCAAUUAUGUUGAUGCCAUGAAAACACCCCACAAAUUAUUGAUGGAGUUACAAAGUGGAAUGUCUGAAGAAGAUCAGGAGAAUCUGCUGGCUAUUUCUAAAUCUGAUAACCUGUGUGCCACACUAUUGCCUAUCAAAACUGUAGGAGUCCAGGGAGACUGUAGAAGUUACAGUUAUGUGGCAGCUCUGUCCGGAAACAGUAAACCUAACUGGAGUAACCUGACGAUGCUAGCAAAGAUCAUCCCCAGGAUUUGUCAUAAUAUUAACAGGGUAGUAUAUGUAUUUGGUGGUGCUGUGAAGUUUGCUAUAGAAGAUGUGACGCCUACAUUCUUGACGGCUGGUGUACUCAGUACGCUACGCCAGGCUGACCAUAUGGCAUCCAAGGUCCUACAGGAAACAGAUUCCUUCAGCAAACUUAGCCAGAUGCCCGUGGUUAUAACUCCACUACAUUUUGAUCGUGACCCAGUACUACAUCAGCCAUCGUGUCAAAGAUCUGUUGUCAUAAGGACUUUUAUUACCAACGACUUCAUGACCGGAGUAGCAAAAAUGCCCUUUGUUAUGGUUCUGUUUUCUCUUUUUCAGGUGGUAGAUAAAAUUGUGGAGAGCGUGUUAACAGUCCCCGGAAUCUCGCGUGUUAUGUAUGAUAUGACAUCGAAACCUCCAGGCACAACAGAAUGGGAAUGAGGCUGGUUGUUUUAGCAAUAAUAUCGGCUCUUAAUCAGUAUGAGGACACAUAUGUCUGAACACAAAUUGUGAUUGGUUGUUUAACUCGGAGUCAAUGAUUGGAAGAGAGAUUUCACCUCAUCACUGAUUGGAUAAAUGGUUUCUGACUUGCUAUUGGUCAGUUGCAUGAACUGUGAUUUGUUAAUUUAUAUAAGUUUGUUACCUGUAAUUACUGCUUACUGUGUGUCUUUGUGUUGGUUUGUUUAGGUAACAGUGAGUGUGGAAAGGAGUGGACAAAUAUUGAUUGGAAUUUUUAAAAUAAUUUUGCUGACAUGGUAGAUAAUUUUAACAUAAGGUCAUGUGAAUGUUUAGAUAUAUGUUAAAUUGAUCGUGUUAAUGUGCAUCAGAAAUUAUAGAUGUGUUGUGGUUUCUUUGGUCCUGAAUGCUUGUUAUAGGUCCCCUGAUGAAUAUGUGAUUUUUAAACAGACUGUUUGUGUUCAGGUUAAAUAUACAGUAUGACCAUGAUUUUUCACAACAAUUAAAUGCAUCCACUUUACUGCCAAAUUCACUAACUGCUACCUGUUUUAUUCAAAUAGAUUUUCCUACUAUUAAAUACAUCAAAUUUAAUGCAAAAUGUUUAUACCAAGUUAGCCAUGAUGGUUUUUGGAACAGUUAUGUAAAUAUCCUUUUGUGUGCCCCGGAUAUCACCGCUACAGUGUCACUGAAUUUACUUGCAUAUGGUUAUUGACUUCAUGGCUGACUGAAUUCAUGGAUCAGUUGUUUAUACUGUGUAUACAACUCCAAAGUGUACAUUUAAAUGUGUUUUAUUGAUUUACUGCCUGUCAUGAUGUUUUGUAUUGAUGCUUAGUUUUUUUUUUCAUUUAAUACAAUUUUUAUUGUAUCUAAAAGUUUCCAUAGGUGUAAUGGACAAGUAACUUAUAAAUUUUACAGUAAAAGCUGCAUGUCUGGAUAGGCAGACAAGAUGUUAGUUUAUUGAGGUUAUACUGUAUAGAAUUUCCAAAAGAAUGUCAUAUCUGGUAAGAAAUUUCUGUAAGAAUGUCUUGUCUGGUAACAUAUUACAAAGAAUUUCUGGUCUGUGAAAAUAUUUCUGUAAGAAUGUCCUGUCUGUGAAAAUAUUUCUGUAAAAAAUGUCAGGUCUGUAAAGAUAUUUUCGUAAGAAUGUUAUAUGAGUAGAGAUAUUCUGUAAAGAUAUUUAUGUCAAAAUGUUAUGUAUGUGAAGACACUUUUGUAAGAAUGCCAUGUCUGUGAAGAUAUUUCCCUAAGAAUGCAAUGUCUAUCAAGAAUGUCAGGUCUGUUAAAGAUUUUUUUGCGAAGAUGUCAUGUUUGUUUCUGAUUGUUGAAUGGGUGUUAUGCUAUUGUCAUGUCAUUAAAGGCAUUUGUGAUCCGUUCAGUUUGAGUGCUGGAGAAAAGAUUGUAACUUUAUGGUGCAAAAGCAAAAGAAAAUAGGUGGCCAUAGUUUUUGUGAAUGUUCUAAUUAGUCCAAAUGUUUACAACACUGCUGGUCUAACUGAACAAUCUGACCAUUCGGACUGCCCUCCCCCCUAUUGGUCACUAUAUUGAUUAUUGAUUACUUGUAUUGAUGAUAGAUACACCAGGAUGUGUUUAUGAUUCACCUGUAUUCAAAAGUCAGGUCAAUAACACCAAUACCUCUCUAAAAGUCAUCUCAGUAUUACAAUUACCUGUCUUUAAAGGUCAUCCUUAUGUUACAUUUACCUGUCAAUAAAGGUCAUCACCGUGUGACAAAAACUACUAAAAUGCUAAGUCCUUACGACAGAUACUGUCUCAAAAAGUCAGUGAUUUCAGUAAGGAAUGUAGUAUGAUUCAUAGCAUUUCAAUGUCAUUUUAUUAUCAAAUAUCACAGCUAACACAUGUUGACGAAUUUUCUGAAUCCAUGUGUGUGACAUUGUUAUCACAUUAAUUGUGUCUUCAGUUUAAUCAUUUCACACAGGCAGGCUCCAAGGACCAUCUUCUAGUCAGUGAUAAAAAAAUGUCUUAUUUUAUUUACAUUUCAUUGACUGCUUUAGAGAGAAAGAUUUUUUCCCUCUGACACUCAGCAAUGCCAAUAGCUCAUGUUUUUAUCUAAAUACCUUUGAUGUUGCUUGUCUAAGAAAAGUGACAGAAACCUGUGAUGUUGCUUGUCUGAGAAAAGUGACAGAAACUUGUGAUGAUGCUUGUCUGAGAAAUGUGACAGAAACUUGUGAUGUUGCUUGUCUGAGAUAUGUGACAGAAACUUGUGGUGUUGCUUGUCUGAGAUAUGUGACAGAAACUUGUGGUGUUGCUUGUCUGAGAAAUGUGACAGAAACUUGUGAUGUUGCUUGUCUGAGAAAUGUGACAGAAACUUGUGAUGUUGCUUGUCUGAGAAAUGUGACAGAAACUUUUGAUGAUGCUUGUCUGAGAAAAGUGACAGAAACUUGUGGUGUUGCUUGUCUGAGAAAUGUGACAGAAACUUGUGAUGUUGCUUGUCUGAGAAAAGUGACAGAAACUUGUGAUGAUGCUUGUCUGAGAAAUGUGACAGAAAUUUAUGGUGUCGUAUGUCUCAGAAAAGUGACAGAAACUUUUGAUGAUGCUUGUCUGAGAAAUGUGACAGAAAUUUAUGGUGUCGUAUGUCUCAGAAAAGUGACAGAAACCUGUGGUGUUGCUUGUCUGAGAAAUGUGACAGAAAUUUAUGGUGUCGUAUGUCUCAGAAAAGUGACAGAAACUUGUGAUGAUGCUUGUCUGAGAAAUGUGACAGAAAUUUAUGGUGUCGUAUGUCUCAGAAAAGUGACAGAAACUUUUGAUGAUGCUUGUCUGAGAAAUGUGACAGAAAUUUAUGGUGUCGUAUGUCUCAGAAAAGUGACAGAAACCUGUGGUGUUGCUUGUCUGAGAAAUGUGACAGAAAUUUAUGGUGUCAUAUGUCUCAGAAAAGUGACAGAAACCUGUGGUGUUGCUUGUCUCAGCAGGUGAUGGAAACAGUUAAUCAAUGGAUACAACUUGGUGCAGGUUUAUCAGAAGUUGACUUCUCUAGCAGGUCAUCACUGUCUGUCAUUGUAUGUAAAGUAUGCAAAGGUAAUGAAGUGCAAUGCUACUGAUGUAAAUGGAAAAUGCUGAUUUUGUAUAAAGUGUAAAUAUUUGUGCGAUUUGUAUGUACUUUGAAAGAAUCAUUUGAAAUGUAAAUCUGUAUAAUACAUCCUCGGUUCAAUAUCCAGUUAACUUACUACCAUGAAAUAACUACGUAAUUUUAAAUUUGCUGAUAUUACAGGGCUUUGAUAGUUUCAUGGGGACAUCUCAGUUAUAUUCAAAUGACCUUGACAUGAGGUUUUUCCAGCUUUUGGAAAAUAUCACAAUUUGUAUCAUUAUACUCUAAUUUAUCAUUGAUUCGAAAUUUAUAUUUAAAGUCUCAUUUUUCUAGCUCGGAAUGUUUUAAUUAAACAUUACAUAUUGGUCAAGUAUGAUAAUACCAUGAAGGAGUUCAUGUUUCAUCAUGCUAGGGUCAACUUUAAGGUCUCCGUUACUAUAUAUAGAAAUUCUUAGAUGCAACAUAACUUGAUUAUGAAUGAGAGCAAGGGAUUUGUAUUGUUUCCGAUGCCUUGUUAACCAAGAAACCUGGUCUACAUGCAGUUUGUAUAUUAUACACCAUAUCAUGGUACACUAACAACAAGGUCAAGAUAAGUUGGAGGUUCUAACUCUAGUCAUCUGUGUUUAUAGAUCUGCGUGGAAUACACUUUGUGGGUCAUGUCGCCAAUUUUGAUGUAAAAAACCUUGAAGAUUUAUAAUAUUACAACAAUUUCAUUUGCAUAAAAAGCAUGCAUUAUACUUCCUCUUUUCUUAUGGUUACAUCUGUAAAUGAGAUGUUAAGAAAUCUUGCUCUUUCUGUAAAAGAGUAACAUGCCCUUUCGAUAAGUGAGAUAUUGAAUAUUGUGGCCCUUUCUGUAAAUCAUAUAUUAAGUAUAGUGGCCCAUCACCAUACACUUGUCUUGCAGUCUAUUCCUUCUAAAUACAUUCAGCAAUUAUAUGUUACAACCCAAGUAGAAACAGGAGGCAAAAGUAAGGUAUUAUUCACUUGAACUGUUAAAAUGCUUUAUAGUUCAGAGGGAAAAACUAUGAUACAAAGGAAAAUUUUUAUGAUACGGAGGGGAACACUGUAUGACACAGAGGGGAACACUAUGAUAUGGAGGGGAACACUGUAUGACACAGAGGGAAAACUGUAUGUUAUGGAGGGAAACACUGUAUGACACAGAGGGGAACACUGUAUGAUAUGGAGGGAACACUUCAUGACACAGAGGGGAACACUGUAUGUUAUGGAGGGAAACACAUUUGUACAGUGGGAAACUUCAACAUGGGGGAAAUUGCUGUGGUAUUGAGGAAAACCCUAAGGUGUGGAGGGAAAUGCUAUGAUACAGAGGGAAACACUGGUAUGGAGGGCAAGGCUAUGAUACAGUGGGAAACACUGGUAUGGAGGGCAAGGCUAUGAUACAGAGGGAAACACUGGUAUGGAGGGCAGGGCUAUGAUACAGAGGGAAACACUGGUAUGGAGGGCAAGGCUAUGAUACAGAGGGAAACACUGGUAUGGAGGGCAAGGCUAUGAUACAGAGGGAAACACUGGUAUGGAGGGCAAGGCUAUGAUACAGAGGGAAACACUAUGAUAAGAAGGGAAACACUGGUAUGGAGGGCAAGGCUAUGAUACAGAGGGAAACACUGGUAUGGAGGGCAAGGCUAUGAUACAGAGGGAAACACUGGUAUGGAGGGCAAAGCUAUGAUACAGAGGGAAACACUGGUAUGGAGGGCAGGGCUAUGAUACAGAGGGAAACACUGGUAUGGAGGGCAAGGCUAUGAUACAGAGGGAAACACUGGUAUGGAGAGCAGGGCUAUGAUACAGAGGGAAACACUGGUAUGGAGGGCAGGGCUAUGAUACAGAGGGAAACACUACAGUAAGAAGGGAAACACUGGUAUGGAGGGCAGGGCUAUGAUACAGAGGGAAACACUAUGGUAAGAAUGGAAACUAGAGUAAGGUGGGAAACUGAUGUGGAGGAAAACAUGGUAUGGAGGGAAAUGCUAUAUAUAGUAUGGAGGGAAACACUUUAUGAAAUGGAGGGAAAAUGUUAUGGAUAUGAGAGAAACUAAGGUAUGAAGGGUAAACUAAGAUACAAUGUAAGGUGGGAAACACUAUGAUGGAAACAUGGUAUGGAGAGAAACACCUUUUGAUAUUGAGAGAAAGACUGUAUUUGAAUGCUGCUAGUUGAUAUUGUAUUGUUUCAGAUGAGAGAAUCCAGAUGUAUGUUUAUUGAGUUUGAUUUACGAGGCAGAACUUAUGCUUACUAUGUGGCUGAUGAAUCUCUGUGUCAAUAUAGUCUUUAUCUAGUUUAUUUGUCCAUACAAAUAUGCAAAACUACCACAAUAUACCAGUAUUGAAAGGGAGUGUGUUCCAGUGAAGUGUUGUAUGCUUCAAAAAGAUUAAAUAGCAUUAGGUAAAGCCAGACUUUACUUAGUUGUUUCUGUGCUUUAAUGCAACGUGUUCUUCAGAACCUGUUUAUUUAACAGUCCUUAUACUAAAUUAAUCAAGAAUUAUUUCCCAAAGAAAAACUUACAAUAGGUUUCUUUUCAUGUGAUCUACCUUGUGAUGAUCAGACUAACAGUUCGUAUCGUACUGUGUCUCGGUUAACACAAAAUCUAUAAUUAAUAGCUAGGAAUGAUGCAAAGCAAUCGAUAUAUCAUACUUAUGUACCAAGAUCGAUGUUCUGACUACUAAAGCAUAAUGUAAACAUACAGAUUUUAGGUGUCCUUGUGUAACGCUUUUUACACUGAAAAUAUUUACUACAACAUGAUCGUGGUAAUUGCAGAUUUUAGGCACUGCUUUAUUUUAGUAUUUAUUGUGGAUGCGUUGAUUUAUCAUUGCCAAUAAGUGAUAAUGCACUGAAAUUUCAUUGCAUGUAAUUAAUUAUAUUUACAGUAAAUAUUGUAUGAAGUGAGUUGCAUUUCGUCAUGUGGGCAGACAAAAUUUAUCAGCAUUAUCAACAUGAGACAUAAUUUUCCAUCAUGUUUAAGUGUUUCAAAGUUGUCAAAGAACUGCUGUAAUUUUUCACAAUACGAAGUACAUACAUUAAAUAGACACAAUAAAUCUGGCUUUAAUAGCAUCUCCAAAUAAGGAACUGAGGUUUAUCACUGAUAUCAGUACAUAAAAAAGUUUUACGAGUCUGUAAAAGAACUUUUAUCAACACAUAGAGGUCUACACUAACUUAAAAUAGAUUCUAAUCAUGAAUAUAUGGAAUGUUUGUUAAAGAUAAUUUUUCCCAGAAGUUUAGUCCCCAUGGAAUCCUACUUGUCUGGUUUGUUAAGAAAGUAUACUCUAAUUGUAAUAUCAACUUCACAGUGUAAUUUAGGAGGAGAAUUUCAGGGAUCAGGGAGGACAGUAUUUCUAGAUCACUCAGUUAUACACUGUAAGGCUGUGUAUCAUUGUGGUCAAAACAAUAAAAUCUUCAAAAUAAGAAA